UCGGAUGAUUAUUUUAGUCACAAACACCAUGUAAAAGAAAAUGAGACAAAGAUAAAAUAAACAGGAUUAUAAUUUCGAUCAAUUGUAAACGUUUGAAGAUCUAGAUGUUGUUGAAAAUAUGUCUUUCACCGAUAUAGCAUACGGCUGGAUCCAAUAAGAAUUUUAACGCGUCAGAAACGUCUGCGGCGGGGGACCAGAGAGGAGGACUCGGAACUUCAUUCGGAGAGCGUCUUUUUAAAAAUGGUGCUGUUACGGUUGUUGGAUAAGGUGAUGGUAAACUCUCUUGUUCUUAUGUUCAGUUUGGCGUUGAUCUCUGAGUUUGUGGGAGCUCAGAAUGACACAGAGCCUGUAGUCCUGGAGGGCAAAUGUCUUGUGGUUUGCGACUCUAAUCCGACUACGGAUUGGAAGGGCUCGUCCUCUCCUCUUGGCAUUUCGGUGCGUGCGGCAAACUCCAAGGUCGCCUUUUCUGCGGUCCGGAGCAACAAUCACGAACCGUCGGAGAUGAGCAAUAAAACAAGAAUCAUAUACUUCGACCAAGUUCUUGUGAAUAUAGGCAACUAUUUCACAUUGGAGUCAGUGUUUUUGUCUCCCAGAAAAGGGAUCUACAGUUUUAAUUUUCACGUUAUAAAAGUGUACCAGAGCCAGACUAUACAGGUGAACUUAAUGUUGAAUGGGAAACCUGUCAUCUCAGCUUUUGCGGGUGACAAAGACGUAACUCGAGAGGCAGCCACAAAUGGAGUUCUGCUCUUUUUGGAUAAAGAGGACAAAGUCUACCUUAAACUGGAGAAGGGGAAUCUAGUUGGCGGAUGGCAAUACUCUACAUUCUCUGGUUUCCUUGUUUUCCCUCUGUAAAAAGAAAGAAAACCCCACCAUUCAAAUGACUUUAUCAACAAUGUGUUGUCACUGUAUAAUUAAAACAUUUCUACAUCAGUUGGAUCUAGCCAAAGGAUGGAUUA